AUGUCAGGCAUCGCACAGUCCGGCCGCGCUGAAGAAGUGCAAGGCCUUUUGAAGGCAGUUGAAGACCUUCUUAUACCUUUCAUCCGAUCCGCAGACCAGGAGAUCGGCAAACCCUCACUCAAGAACGGCACAAACGGCACGAAUGGUGUGAAUGGAGCCAAUGGAGCCAAUGGACACACUGGAUUAGCGGGCACCUCACUGGUGGACUACAAGAAACCCGACGAUCUGAAGGAUAUCCUUCAGCUGGAGAUCCCCGAGAAGGGCACCAAACAAGAAGGGCUCAUUGAGGUCCUGCAGAAAGUUCUCAAAUAUUCCGUCAACACCUGGCACCAGGGCUUCUUGGACAAGCUAUAUGCGUCAACCAAUGCGCCUGGUGUAGCUGCGGAGCUCAUCCUCGCCACUUUAAACACCAAUGUCCACGUCUACCAAGUGUCGCCCGCUCUGACUGUUAUUGAGAAGUAUACUGGCCAGCGAUUGGCAAACCUGUUCGGUCUCAACGGUCCCCGAGCUGGAGGAAUCUCGGUGCAGGGAGGGUCAGCCUCGAACACCACUUCCAUCGUCAUUGCUCGCAAUAACCUCUACCCGAGCACCAAGACCGAUGGCAAUGGAGGAUACAAGUUUGUUCUCUUCACCAGUGCGCAUGGUCACUACAGCGUGGAGAAGGCGGCUCAGAUGCUCGGUUUUGGAAGCAGUGCCGUAUGGCCUGUCCCUAUCGACAAUGUGGGCCGCAUGAUUCCGGCUGAGCUUGAGAAACUGGUCCAGAAAGCCCAAAACGAAGGCCGAACGCCAUUAUAUGUCAAUGCCACUGCUGGUACAACCGUCAUGGGCUCUUUCGAUCCAUUCAACGAGAUCGCAGCAAUCUGCCAAAAGCACAACCUAUGGUUCCAUAUUGACGGAUCCUGGGGUGGAUCUUUCAUUUUCUCCCAGAAUCAAAAGCAUAAGUUGGCUGGCGCAGAGAAGGCGAACAGUAUCGCUAUCAACCCCCACAAGAUGCUCGGCGUUCCUGUGACAUGUUCAUACCUACUGGCAGCGGAUAUGCGCCAGUUCCACAAGGCGAAUACCCUUCCAGCUGGGUAUCUUUUCCAUAACGACGAGCCAGCUACCAAUGGCGAUGCGGACAAAGAAUCUGAAUUGGAAGUGGAAUCCCCUGAAGUUUGGGACUUGGCAGAUCUGACCCUUCAAUGCGGUCGGCGUGCAGAUUCUCUGAAGCUCUUCCUUGGGUGGACAUAUUACGGCAGCGAAGGCUACCAGCAGCAAAUAGACUCGGCUUGCGAUAUUGCUGCACACCUGGCCAACACCAUUGACCAACACCCCGACUUCGUGCUGAUUAGCGAAAACCCUCCACCAUGCCUGCAGGUGUGCUUCUACUAUGCCCCCGGCAAGGAGUUCGUAUUCCCGCGCGGUGUUGUCUCGGAUGAGGCCCAGCGCGCAAAGAACAACAGCAAGGUCACCGAGCAGGUGACACAUGCGAUUGUGCCAAAGGGCUUCAUGGUGGACUUUGCACCUCCCAGUGGAGACGAGAACGCGGUCGGAAAUGGAAAGUUCUUCCGUUGCGUUGUCAAUGUCCAAACAACUCAGCAGACGGUAGAUUCUCUUGUCCAUGCCAUUGAAGAAGUGGGCCCUGGGAUUGUUGAGUCCUUGAAGGCGAGCAACUCGACCGUUCCGCAGAAGCGUCCCGGCGAGCAUGGACACGGACCCGUUGUUCACCGUGUCUGA